GGGAGGUCCCGGAUCAGUCCAGUGCCGAUCUUCAGCCAUGGUGAGCCGGGUCCUCCGCAUCCUGCACUGGCACUGCCUUCUCCUCGGCUUCUCCGCUGCCAUCUCCCGCCAGGAGCUCUUCCCAUACGGGGAGUCCCGGGGGGACCGACUCUUACCGGACGGGGAUGAUGAGACCUCCGAGGUGGUGACACUCACACAGCCCAUUCUCUUCUAUGAGGCCGACUUCAAGGAGCUCUAUGUAGGGACCAAUGGCAUUAUUUCUACCCAAGAUUUUCCCCGGGAAACGCAGUACGUGGAUGAUGGCUUUCCCACCGACUUCCCGGUGAUCGCCCCCUUCUUGUCCGAUAUAGACACGAGCAACGGAAAAGGCAAGAUUUACUACCGGCAGGACAAUUCCCCAGACAUUCUUAGCACUGUAGCCAGGCAGGUCGACAGAGGAUUCCCACAAGCUGCGUUUUCUCCUACAAAUGUUUUCAUGGUAACCUGGGACAAUGUGGGGGCAUACGAGGAGGUGACACGCCAUGCAGAACCCUCAAAUAAGCUUAACACAUUCCAGGCUGUGCUCGCGUACGACGAUUCAGACACCUACGCCAUAUUCCUGUAUCCCGAACAUGGGCUCCAGUUUUUCGGGACAAGGCCGAAGGAAUCCUACAAUGUGCACCUCGACCUCCCCGCCAGAGUGGGGUUCAGCCGGGGCGACUCAGAGAUGUUAAAGAAGGAAGCGCCGUUUUACAGCGUCACAAGCAGCGAACAGUCUGUGAAGAAUCUUUAUCAAACAAGCAACGUUGGCGUUCCCGGAGUGUGGGUCUUCCAUAUUGGUAGCCUUUCAGAGAUUGAUAAUGUAAUUCCAGCAAAAGUGCCUCACCACCAUCCACAGCAACGAUUCGUUCCGCUGAUAAACUCGCACAAUGACUUUCCCGAACAACAACAACAACAACAACUGGAAAACCAAUUUAAUGGUGAAAACAACUAUGAAGACAACUAUGAGGAUGAAGACUACCCAGCCGGUCAAACCACUGAGGCACCCACUACGGACAGUGCAGUCUUGAACCCUGAUAGAACUCAUGAUUUCAUAGACGCUGAGGAUCAUGCUACGUUAUAUACACCAAACAAUCCUUUACCUCCAUCUCAGGAAGAGCCCAGCUGGACUCCUUAUAACCCGGACGAGCCUUUAGUUGAGCCUGAGAUUCAGCGAUCGGAGAGUAGAGUUCUUGGCAACAUCCCAUCUUACGAAACCCAAGAAGAGCCUUCUGAGUCGGUGUCUGAGGAUUUCAAUAAUGUAACCCCAAAUCCAGUGGAUCCUCAGAGGUCUGAUGUCUAUAGGAGUAAUCGUUUUUAUGGAAAUGAGGAAGUGGGAGGACUGGACACUGAUGUUCUCACAUUCAACCCAGUUAGUAGAGAGACAUGUGACAGGAAGCCGGGGUACUGCUCUCCAUACGCAUUCUGUACAGACUACGCCACCGGAUUCUGUUGCCACUGCCAGGACAGCUACUAUGGCAAUGGUGUACACUGUCUACCAAAAGGAGCCCCACACCGUGUUAAUGGGAAAGUGAGCGGAAAUCUGCUUGUGGGACAGAGACCCGUCACCUUUGACGGGAUCGACAUGCAUGCAUAUAUUGUGGUGAAUGAUGGAAGAGCCUACACAGCCAUCAGCCAAGUCCCUGAACCCGCUUCCUGGUCACUGACACCACUGACUGCCAUUGGUGGCCUUUUUGGCUGGCUUUUUGCUUUGGAAAAACCGGGGCAUCAAAAUGGAUUUAGUAUUACUGGGGCAAAGUUUGUUCACAACUUGGAAGCCGUGUUUUCCCCGGGAGAAGAAGUCAUUCAUGUCACACAAACCGCAGACGGCUUUGAUUCAGAUAACUAUAUCCAUGUAAGAACUACGAUUAAGGGGAAGAUUCCAUACAUCCCGGAGACCUCCACGGUGCAAAUUGCUCCAUACUAUGAGAUCUACCAGCAUUCUGGAUCAGUGGUGACCUCCACGGCAUACCGGGAGUACACAGUCACCUCCCAGAGCGGUGACGUCCAGAAAUUCUCUUACCGGUUAAAGCAGAACAUUACUUACCAGGAGUGUGGCCACGCCCAGAAGUACCCGCCCACUGCACAGAAGCUGUCCGUCGAUCGGGUGUUUGCCAUGCAUAAUAAAGACGAGAAAGUUCUUAGAUUUGCCAUUACCAGUCAUAUUGGAUCUUUACAUGAUUCUUCCCAGGAACCGACACAAGGUAACCCCUGCUUUGACGGCACCCAUCAGUGUGACACCAGAGCCCAGUGCCAGCCAGCGACUGGAUUGAAUUACAGUUGUGUCUGCGCAUCCGGGUACCGGGGAGAUGGCCGAGACUGCACUGACUAUGACGAAUGUGAGGACCAGCUUGAUAACUGUGGGCAGAACACCCGCUGUGUGAACCUGCCUGGAAGCUUCCGGUGUGAGUGCGUGCCUGGCUACGUGUUCUCGGCGGAUGGUCAAAACUGUAUAUUGGGCAGCUCAUUUGGGAAUCCUUGUGAGGACGGCACACACAGCUGUGAUCUGACAACAUCUCAAUGUGUCCCACGUGGGGAUGGAGUCUUUACAUGUGAAUGUUUCCCCGGGUACACCAGAAGUGGACAGAGCUGUAUUGACGUUGAUGAAUGUGCAGAGCGCAGAUGUCACCCAGAUGCUACGUGCGCCAACGUCCCUGGAUCCUUCUCCUGUCGGUGUAACCCCGGCUUCACCGGCGAUGGCUUCCAGUGCACGCAGGCCCCAGAGGAACCACGGCCCAGCACACCCUGCUUGGAGAAGAGACACGCUGCUCAGCCCAGAGGACCUCGUCCCCCACUCAUCGGCGCUUUUUUACCGGAAUGUGACGAAGAGGGUAACUACGUCCCGCUGCAGUGCCACGGCAGUACAGGCCACUGCUGGUGUGUGGACAGGAAUGGCAAUGAGAUUGAAGGAACAAGGAGGCCAGCUGGCAGCGGAAGGCCACAGUGUGGCAUUCCAGAACCCACCCAGAGGCCGCAGACUAUGUGUGAAAGGUGGAAGCAGAGCCUCGUCGAUCAUUAUGGCGGAAGCCCCUCUGCCGAGCAUUAUAUACCGCAGUGCGAUGCGUAUGGAGAAUUCAGCCCUCUGCAGUGUCACGGCAAUAGCGGCUAUUGCUGGUGUGUGGAUAAAGACGGGAGAGAGAUUGAGGGGUCCAGGACGCAGCCAGGGAUGACACCGGCAUGUUUACCAAGUGUAGCUCCUCCGACUGUGCGACCAACGCCACGCCCUGACGUGACUCCUCCCACAUCUGGCACAUAUCUCCUGUAUGCACAGGGCCAGCAGAUCGGAUACCUACCACUGGAUGGCGUGAAGUUUCGCAAGGACAAAGCGAGGACGCUCCUGGCACUACAUGGAUCCAUAGUAGUGGGCAUCGAUUAUGACUGUCAAGAGAAGAAAGUGUACUGGACCGACGUCUCUGGACGUACAAUCAGUCGAGCCGGCCUGGAGCCCGGGGCAGAACCAGAAGUCCUUAUUAGCACAGAUCUGAUGAGUCCGGAAGGCCUGGCCAUCGAUUAUCUGCGGAAAACCAUGUUCUGGACUGACAGCGGCACUGAUAAAAUUGAGAGCGCGCGGCUGGACGGAACAUUCAGGAAAACCCUGUUUGACACAAACCUGGUGAAUCCUCGUGCCAUCACUGUGGACGCUGUGAGAGGGAACCUGUACUGGACAGACUGGAACAGAGAGGCUCCAAAGAUCGAAACCUCUUAUGUAGACGGCUCAAACAGGAGGAUCCUGGUCAAUGAUAAUAUUGGCUUACCCAAUGGACUGACAUUUGAUCCCUUCUCCAAACAAAUAUGUUGGGCAGAUGCAGGAACCAAGAAACUAGAAUGUAUUCUGUCUGAUGGAAGUGGACGGCGUGUGAUUCAGAGUAACCUCAAUUAUCCCUUCAGUGUUGUGGGCUUCGCCAAUCACUUCUACCACACGGACUGGAGGAGGGACGGUGUGAUAUCCAUAAAUAAAGAAAACGGACAGAUCACAGAGGAAUAUCUCCCAGAACAGCGAUCACACCUCUAUGGAAUAACAGCAAUAUAUCCAUAUUGUCCUUCUGGAAAAAAGUGAUGUGACCAUAACAAAAGACCAAGACUGCUAAGGAGGACUUUCCUCCUCUCCUGUCGUCUCUGACUCCGCUAAGAAGGAUCGGGAAACAGAAGGACGACUUAAAACAACACAAAUCAUAUUGAAAAACAAACAAAAUGAACAAAAUUUCCUUCCAAAAAAUUUAUGUGUAAAGUUUUUUUUUACCUCAAUUUUUACUACUGUAUUUUUUAAAGAAAUGUUUGUACCUGUAAAGAUUAAUAAGAUGCGUCUGUUAACCUGUUUAGCUGCAGAGAUGUGAAAGGCAUUGUCGAAAAAUCCAUAAGGAAAUCUCUCAGGCCAAAAACGAGGUUAAAUUUUAAAUCUGUAUCGUGUUUACUUUUUUAACUCAAAGAUUCUAAUGGUGCCGAUUUUUUUUUUAUAUAAUUUUUAAUCUCUUAAUAUGUAGAUUUCAGUUCAUAUUAUAAACAAGAUGUCUACUGUGAAAUAGCUAACUGUAUAUGGCUGUGUCUUACCUAUACCAAAAUCAAUAACUGUAUCCCACCCACCUUCAGAAACCGCUGUACAAUGCAACACUUCACAGGUAAUUCCAAUAAAACAUCCUUUUCCUUUACAAA